UUGAAGGUGCCUCAUCAACUACGGCAGGUAAAUGAAAGUGCCUAUGAACCACAACUAACUUCAAUUGGUCCUUAUUACCAUUAUGCUAAGCCGCACUUGAUUGAGAUGGAAAAAAUGACGCUACAUGAUGGUCGCUUUACUGUUGAGCUAUUGAGUGGGAAGGUACCGGGUGAUGAUCCUAUUUUCAAACUGAAUUGGGUCCUAAAUGCCUUACAUCAUGAUUUCUUGCUCUUCGAAAAUCAACUUCCUUUCUUUGUGUUAGCGAACUUGUAUCGUGUGAUCAAGGAUCCAACAGAGAGAGAAGAUUUCGCUUGCCAGGCUUUUUCUGUCCUUUCUAAUUUCCUGCCAGGGCCAAAGAAAUGGAAUAAAAACCCUCCUACCAUCAAGGAGACCGAUAACAUCAAACAUCUACUAAGCUUGGUACAUGAUAAUUGGUCUCCUGCUCCACAAGGAAUAAGGCGCCAUCAAGAGUAUUCUAGAAAAAAAAAAAAUGAAAACGAAAAGGCAGAAGAAAAAUGGAAAUUCAGACUUUGUGCUGUAGAAAUGCCAAAAGUAAAGAAAUCCCAAGGCGACGAAGAAAGCAGUGUGACUAAGGGCAUCGACCACAACUCCAAAUGGAAAUUCAUCUGCUGUGCAAGAGCAAAGGAAAAUGUAAGAAAAGGCCUAGUGGAAUGGCAAUCCUUACGCUGUGCAACAGAGCUAGAAGAAGCAGGAAUCCAAUUCAUGAAUAGCACUGAAGAGAGCGAUGUGAUGAGUUUGUUUGAUAUGAGCUUUACAGACGCGACAAUGAAGAUUCCAACCUAUGUGGUUGAAGACUGUACCGAGCGUCUCUUUCGUAACCUCAUUGCCUAUGAACUAUACGAGGAAGGUUCAACUUAUGUCAUUGAUUAUGUCACGUUAGUGGAUAACCUUAUCAACUCAGCCAAGGAUGUGCAAUUGCUUCGUUUGAGUGGAAUCAUCGAAAAUAUGUUAGGCGAUGAUGAAGCUGUUGCUCAAAUGCUUAACAAACUUCGUGACCAUGUUACAUUAAGCGGCGACACAUUUUAUUACGAGGAGAUAUUUGUUGAUGUGAAGAAGCAUUGCGCAAGACGUUGGAACACAUGGAAGGCGACAUUAAGGCAUGAUUAUUUUAACAGUCCUUGGGCAUCCGUCUCCUUUUUUGCCGCUCUUCUCGUUAUCCUCUUGUAAAAUAAUGGAUUGGCGGCAGGCUUCAGGCUUGGUGGUUGUGAAAUAUGGUAAACUAAAGCUCAUGCGCUUCUUUGCCUUUUAGUUGUUCUUGUUUUUGUCUCUUUAUAUUUUUCUGAUUGUUGUUAAG